AUGUCAGCUCAUGAAGGUGUAAGUUGUGAUGCUUGUGGUAAAAGUAAUUUUCGUUCGAAACGUUACAAAUGUUUAAUUUGUUAUGAUUAUGAUCUUUGUUCAACAUGUUACGAACAAGGUGAAGCAUCAAGUCAUCAUACGAAUGAACAUCCAAUGCAAUGUAUAUUAACACGUCAAGAUUUUGAUUUUUAUUAUCAUGGUGAACGAUAUAUAUCUGAUCAAGCUCAAUCAUUUACUUGUCCAUUUUGUGGUGAAAUGGGUUUUUCAUUACCUUUUAUAAAUGAAUCAUCACAAAAUUUUGAUCUUUUUCAUCAUCUUCAAUUAAAACAUGCUGAUGAACAACAAUCAAAUGAAGUUAUUUGUCCUAUUUGUGCAGCUAUGAUUAAUGGUGAACCAAAUUUAGUUACAGCUGAUCUUCUAGCACAUAUUGCUAAUGAUCAUCAGCAUCAACAAGUUCAAACACCAUCAACACCUGGUAUUGGAACAAAUCCAUAUUCAAGACAAUCAUCAUCAAAUAGAGAAUCAGAUUUUACUAGUAGUACUAGUACACGAGCUGGUUUUAGACGAGGACCAUUACGAACACCUGGUCGACGAGGUGCAUUAGGAAGAGGUGGAGGAACUGUAAGUCAACAUUUUGUUGUUGAUACUUCAUCAGUUAAUGGUGGAAGUGAUCCAAUUGCUGAUUUAUUAACACAAUUAUCUACUGUAAGAAGAUUAGCAGCAGCAAAUAAUAAUAAUAGUUCAUCAUCAAAUACAAUUAAUCUUCAAACAUUAACACGACAACAAUAUGAACGUGAACGUCUUCGUACAGUUGGACGUUCUCAUCAUCAACAACAAUCUCAUCAUUCACAGCAAGCAACAUCAUCAUCAUCAACAUCGAAUAGUUUACCAUCAAUUGAAAAUGACUUUUUCGAUUCACUCUUUGCAUCCGCUCUUUUUAUUGAUUCAUCUUCAUCAACAAACAGUUCUCAUCAAACAUGGGCACAAAUUGUUGCACAACAACAAUCAACACCCGAACAACAACAACAACCAUCAUCAGUGACAAAACCCCCUGCAGUUGAACCUGAUCCAUCAUUAUUACGAAGAUUAUGUGAUGAAACUUCUUCUUCCUCGUUAACUCAACAAAAUAAUACUGUUGCACAACAACAAAAACAUCAAUAUACUUUUCUUCAAUACGAAUUACCCGAUGAAGAAUUAGCUAUCGUUGGAUAUUCACCUUUGAUUAAUAUGAAUGCCGCUCAUCAUAUGCUAACAUUUGCUUGUGCUAAUCCAGGUUCUAAAAAACAAAUUUGGACUUCGGGUCAAGCAUGUAAUGGUAAUGAACAAUUGAUUAUUCAUGGAUGGGCUCGUAAUGCACCAUCGAUGACAUUACCUGAUGAUGUUGGAUUUCCGGUUGGUCGUAAUACGCCAUACAAAUAUAUUGUUGUCAAUAUGCAUUAUAUAUCAAAUAUUGUCAAUGAUAAGUCAGGAAAUCAAUUAAUUAUAAGUCGAAAACCACGAAAAUAUCAAGCAGGUGUUAUGUUAGCUGGUACAAGUCAGAUCUAUUUAAAACCAAAAGCACAUUCUGUUCGAACACCAUUUUCAUGUCGUUAUAAUGGACCAUCAAUUUCUAUCUUUGCUGCUCGUGUUCAUGCACAUCAAUGGGCACGAGUUAAUUCAUUAUAUCGCGUACGUGAUGGAGUAAUUACACAAAUAGUUAAAGGUGAUCCACAAUGGCCACAAUCAUUUUAUCCACUUCCAUCACCAAUUGAAAUUCAAAAUGAUGAUUAUCUUGUUGGACAAUGUGUUUAUGAUAAUGAUGAUGAUCAUAUUGUUCGAGUCGGACCUACACAUAAAGAUGAAAUGUGUAAUAUAUAUGCCAUGUAUUCAUUUGAACCAACAAAAACAGCAAGUGGAAAACAAAAAACUGGUGCAGCUCCAAUACGUUCAUGUUGGGAUAAUGAAUUUAGUUCAUUGACUAACCUUAUUCCACCUGAUAGUGAAGUUCCUCCACGUAAACCAUCGGAUAUUGGUGGUACAAGUAAUGGUCAUCAUACCCAUGCUGAACAUGCAAUGAAUCCAUCAAUAGAUGUUGGAAAACAAUUAUCAUUAUCAUCAAUGGAUGAUCCCGCAUAUGAAGAUUAUAUGGAAGAAGUUGAAAAUAUGCGUCAUCGUAAUAAAGACUCGGAUACAUAUGAUUUCAAUAAAGUUUUAUCUCAUCUUGGUUUACCUGAAUAUGAAUAUGUUGAUGCACAAAAUUAUGAUUAUUUAUUACCAACACAUUUAACAUAUGGAAAAGAACAAACUGUUAAAAUACAUAAUGCAAAAAUAAUGAGUCCUAAUUUAUAUACUUGCGUGGAUUCAUGGCCUGAUGUUAAAUCCUUACCAGGUCAACUUGGUGAAAUAGGUGGAUUAGCAUUAAAUAAAGCUAAUGAUGAACUUGUUGUAUUUCAUCGUGGAUCACGAAAAUGGGAAAAUAAAUAUUUUAAUGUAAAUUAUCGUUUUCAUCAAGACGUUUAUGGUCCUAUAGAUGAAGAUGUUGUUCUUCAUAUUGAUACUCGUACAGGACAAACAAAAUUUCGUUGGGGCGCAAAAAUGUUUUAUAUGCCACAUGGUUUAACAAUUGAUCAUGCAGGAAAUUUUUGGUUAACUGAUAUAGCUAUGCAUCAAGUUUUUAUGUUUAAACCAAGCGAUUUAACACAUCCAGCAUUAACAGUUGGUGAAAUGUUUCAACCAGGUUCUGGACCAACUCAACUAUGUCGACCAGCAGAUAUUGCUGUGAUGAGAAACGGAGAUUUCUUUGUAGCUGAUGGAUAUUGUAAUAGUCGUAUUAUCAGAUUUAAUCGUAAAGGAGAAUAUAUUACUGAAUGGGGUUCACCAACAACUGCAAUACAAGAUAGAGAUGGUUUUCCACCUCCAAAUCAAUGGAAUAUCGUUCAUUCAAUUGCAUUAAAUGAAGAUGCUCAAUUAUUAUGUGGUGCCGAUCGAGAAAAUUAUCGUAUUCAAUGUUUUAAUUCAAAUACAGGUGAAUUUCAACGACAAAUUCGUGUUGAAACAAAAGAUAAUAUUGGUCCUAUUUAUGCUAUUGAAUUUGCACCAAAUACAAAUGGAACCGUUUUAUUUGCUGUUACAGGUGGCUCAGAAAUACCAACUAAAAAAGUUUAUAUGAUCGAAGCCCGAACAGGAGAUAUUUUAACAUCAUUUGACUCAAAUCCGCAUUUAAUUGCCCCACAUGAUAUUGCUGUAUCAACAAAUGGUCGUGAAGUUUAUGUCGGUGAAUUAGCUUUAUUACCUAUGAAUUCUCUACAUAAAUUUGAAUUGGCCAAGCGUAAAGACCUUCCAACACAAACAUUCAGUAAACGAAUCUAUUUAAACGAUAGAAAUUUCCGCGUAUCGUUAAUUAUUAUGACAUUCUUUGCCAUUCCAGUUCUUCUUGCCGUUACAAUUGGAUGUUUUGUUCGAAUAAGAAAUCUUCGUAAACUCCGUCGUUUAAAUACAUUUUUAAAUGAUGUAAAAGUUUCGGGUACUGGUACAGGCUCUGUACUUGGAGACUGGAUGAAUAGACGAAAAGGUUUUGAAAAAUUAGAUCAAUGUUCUGAUGGAGAAAAUGAACCAUUAGAUAAUAAUAUAAAUGACGAUUUAAAUACAAACUCAAAUGAUGAAAUCAACCAACAAGCAACAACAUCAUCAUCAAUUAAUAAUAAUGUUGCAUUUAAAAUGGGUGCAAGUCUUUGA